UCUCCCUAUAAAUACCAUACACACCCCAUUUCUCUCUUUCACCCUGUAGUACUUAACUUCAUUUCAUUCUUCUUCUUCUAAACUCACUUCUUCACUCACUCUCACUCAAUCCUAUUAAAACGCUCCGUUUUGUUAAAUAUUCUUCAUUUCUCUCUUUACAUACCAAAAAGAAGAAGAAAAAGACACCAAAUGGCUGUAUCGGGUUUUGAAGGGUUCGAGAAGCGAUUGGAGCUCCAUUUCUUCGGAGAUGACCCGACUGAAAUGGACCACAACAAUUUGGGCCUCGGAUUGGGCCUCAGGCGACUCGACUUUGAUUCUCUACAACAAGUCCUACAUGCUGUACAAUGCACCGUCGUUUCAGCGGUUGGUAACCUCUAUUUCGACUCUUAUGUUUUAUCAGAGUCGAGUCUCUUCGUUUACCCUGACAAGAUCAUCAUCAAGACUUGUGGGACCACUCAGCUGCUCAAAUCCGUCCGUCCAUUGCUCCACCACGCUCGCCACCUGGGCCUAUCUCUGUCGUCCGUUCGCUAUACCCGCGGUAACUAUAUCUUCCCUGAGUCACAGCCUUUUCCCCAUACGAGUUUCAAGGAUGAGGUCGUUUAUCUCGAAGAUUCUCUCCCAAACAGUCUUCGCUUCAGGAAAGCCUCUGUUAUGCCUUCGAAAACUCCAACUCAUUCAUGGCACGUUUUCACCGCCAGUACCGAGAUCGAUCUCGGCGACGUGUUCACGAUCGAGAUCUGCAUGACCGAGCUCGAUAAGGCUUCUGCCGGAAAGUUUUUCCGACGGCCGGGUGAUGGAAAGAACGGUGAUUCUGCCGGGAAGGAUAUGACGGAAGCUACUGCGAUCGGGAACAUCAAUCCGUCUGCAUUGAUCUGCGACUACGCUUUCGAUCCUUGUGGCUACUCCAUGAAUGGAAUCGACGGUGAUCGUUACUCCACGAUCCACGUCACGCCUGAGGACGGCUACAGCUAUGCCAGCUUCGAGACCGUCGGGUCCCGCCGCGGUGGGGACGACGUCGCUAGGGUUUUGAAGAAGGUUGCUCAGAUUUUCCGGCCAGCGACCAUGUCGGUCUCGACGACUUCAGCAGGUAGGGAUGUUUGGGGGCGUGUGGCCACAGCUCUGGAACCACUCGGGUUGAAACGCAGGAGUUGCGCCGCGGAUGAGUUUCCAUCCGCCGGAACCGUCGUGUACCAGACGUUCACGACUCGCCGAAAGUGACCGUUACGGCGGAGACGGUUGCGGUUGCGGUGGUGGUAGAUAAUCGGAAAUUUAAAAAGAAAAAAAUGGAGACAAGAAAAGGAGGGAGAUGAAGGAAUACUUAGUAGAGUGGUCAGGCAGAUUAGAGGAAAAAACAUUAGGGCGGGUGAUGAGUGACAAGUGGAAAUUGAGUUACACGUGGUGAAAUGGUAUUGGUUAAUGAGGGAUUUGACUUGCGUAGGUGGAUAUAUAAAUAUAAAAAGUGGUGAUGACGUGGUAGCAUUUUGAAAAAAUAUAUAUAAUAUAUUAAAAGAAAAAAAAAGAGAAGAAAAUGAAAAUGUGGGCUGUGUUGUUGGUACUGGUAUCACCAUGAUAAUGCACCCCACUUAGGCUUGUCACGCCGAAGAUUUUUGAGGUUGUGUAGUGAGUGGGGGAUCAAAAGUGCUCUGCCUUCUUCUUCAACUUAAAUAUCAAAAAAAAAAAAAAAACUUUCUGUAUUCUUUUCUAUUCUUUUUAUUUUACAUUAAUUCCUUCUCCUGUUUUUUUUUUCACUUCCUCACCUUAUUGUCUCCUAAUGUUUUUGUCUCUAGUUAAUUAUUGUUACUAUUAAUAUUAAUAUCAAUAUUAAAGAACAAUUCACUUCAAACACUUUCUA